GAUACACAGUCCGUGUUGUGCAUAAAAACUGGUAUAGAUAAGCAAUAGGCCACAGUGAAUAGAAUUAUUCGGUUUUGAUCUUCCAUGGGUCGAAGAUUAAUAUAAAAGCAAAGUGUUUUGGCCCCCUGUUAAACAGUUUUAAAUCGCGAGUCGCGGCGGCACAGUCAUCUUUGGCGAAUUGUUAAAAAAAAAUUAUUUUGUUGAAUUUUAUAGAGUAGAUUUUGAAUUUAAAAAAAAAUCAUUUCGCUUCACCAUAAAUUAAGAAAUUUUUUGAAUCUGUUCGCGGUACGUCUCGUUUCAUCCGGUUUUAUUGCUUCCUGAAUAUUACCACCUCACAUCCAGCGAAAAUGUUUAAUGAAUUUAAGUGGUUUUUAAUUGUGGUAUGUCUGCUGGUCGGAUCAAUUGAUGCAUCGAAACAGUCCGAUAAAAAGUCGUCACAGAAAAAGGCUACGUAUGUGAAACCCACCAAAACUCCAAAAUCGAUUUUGGAACAAUUCAAAGAACUACCUCCAGAUGAUCUCGCCUUUUUGAAGGAAGUUGAUAAACAGUUCAAAAAUCACGGCAACAACAUCAAAUUCCGGGUGGUCAAGGACAAUUCGACCAACAGCAAAAAUCAGAAGAGAACGAUCAACGGAGAUGUUGGGUAUGGCUACCAAACCAAUCAGCAUUCGCAAGGAUAUUACUUUUCGAAACCGAAACUUGAGGUGUACCCUUAUUCCCAGCAAGAUCUUCCUGCCCUGACACCACAGCAGCGACAAGCUCUUUAUCAGAAAUACGGUCCACCGAAUUAUCAACCACCAGAAGUGUUAUCCAGUUACAGAAAUCAGCACUACUUGCCACAACAACUGCAUACGACCGUGGAAAUUUCACCAUCGCAAGGAUACGAAAUUAAACAAACGAACAACGGAUACGCAACCUAUUCACAACACAAUAAUGACAAUUAUCGACCAAUAUCGUUCCAGUCGGACCAUCAAACUGGUCCAGUAAUUGUACUUCGCAUCCCGGGUCCACAGAAAUACGCCUCGCACUUGCAAGCGUUGCUGCAACAAUAUCUUGAGAUCAGGGCGGCUGAAUACAUAAAGCUACUACAAGAACAUGAACUGCAACAACAACAUAUUCCACAAACUCACAACUAUCAGCAAUACUCCUACGAACCAGUACGAAGCCAUCAAACGUAUCAGAACCACUACCAGCAAUCAUACGAACAAGAACCUCGUUACCAAGUGCAAGUACAGCCGGCACAGAUCAUUUAUCAGAAACAUGAAGAAGCCACAGAUAAUGGGGCUCACCUAGUUCAUUACAGUCAUGAUAUCGCCGGCACAGAGGAGCAAGAUGACCAUGAUGACCAAACCUACAAUUAUCAACAAACUUAUCGACCUGAAUCAAGAUAUUCUCAACAGACAGAAGAAAAUGAACAUUACUACCACUCCAAUGCAUAUCAACAUCAAUCAGAUGCCGCAGAACCACAGCAACAUCAACAUUAUGUCUACCCAAAAAUUCCAUCCAGUACGGAAUCAUCUCUCCAAAUUACCGAAAACUUCCCUCGCGACACCCACACUCACGCAUAUUACACAAAAUCGACAACAAAUCCAUCCACCUAUGUGCAGCCGCUCCACCAAUCCUAUGAGGACCAAUCUCAAGAUCAACAGUACGAAACCUAUCAACCACAGAGUUAUCAAUCGGAAGAUUACUACUAUGACACUGAACACCAAUCGCAAUCGGACAAAGAUUAUGGUUCUCCAUCCGAACACAGUGUCGUUGCGAUAACACAGACAACUCCAGCUCCAUACAAUUAUCAUGCUCAUCCUCAUCCACCACAAGUUGUACAUGCUCAUCGAUCACACGACGAUCAAAGUGGUAGUGCGUCACAUGAUGACCAUAGUAGUAGCGCGGCUGCAUCGAUGAAAGGAAGUAAAAGACAAACUGCCACAUUUACGCAGGAACAGUACGCCAAGUUGAACAGAUUGAUUUCCAGGAUGAAGAAGAAGGUUGCGAAUCAGGCACAGAAAAAUAAAGACGAAUAGAUCCUCUCUGUAAAUCUGUAAAUGUAUAUGAACAUAGCGGCUAAGUUUUCUAUUUAUUAUUUUAUAAAUAAAUGAAAUAGCGAAUCUGGACACCAAUUUUAGGGAAAAUUAGCGAGAUAAGUGAACCAGCUGUUUUUUUGAUGUUAGAAUGACACUUUUUGUACAUGUAAAUAACAUUGAUUCGAGUUACCUACUUAAUAAUAAAAACGUGCAAUAUGCAACGCCUUAUGUUGGUUGCAUAAUGUUAAAUUAAAUGAA